ACAUACACUUAAGAACAACACAUACAUCUUGGUUGUAAAUGGAUAGAGUGAGGGAUUUGGCAUCAAAGAAGGCAGCAGUAAUAUUCACAAAGAGUUCAUGUUGCAUGUGCCACAGCAUAAAGCAACUGUUCUAUGAGCUAGGAGCAAGCCCAGCAGUGCAUGAGAUUGAUAAGGAUUCAUAUGGAAGGGAAAUGGAAUGGGCCUUGAGGACUUUGGGUUGUAACCCUUCAGUUCCAGCAGUUUUCAUUGGUGGAAACUUUGUUGGUUCAUCAAAGGAUGUAAUAUCCCUCCAUGUUGAUGGAACACUCAAACAAAUGCUCAUGGAUGCUAAGGCCAUAUGGUUCUAGCUACCUACCUACCUAUCAUCAUCAUCAAAAUUAAACAAAUUAAGCUCCUAUUAUACAUAACCAAAAGUGGUGUUAUUAAAGGAGCUUUUUGCUUUUUACUUCUUUUUUUUUCCCUUUCUAGCAGACAAUUAUCUGGG